AUGGUCCUGAAACUGCAACCUCACCUAAAGGGUGUCCUGACUGGACCAGUUGGCAUCACACUUGUCGUCUUGGGCAAUCACCAUGAGAGUCUUUCGUUGAGUCCGGCCGAGCAUAGCGUUGUGCGCUACACAAAUGAAUCCCUCAUUGUGCAGUGCCGGAGUCCCGACCCGGACGUAAAGCUGCAUUGGAAAUCGCCGAAAGGGGACAUUAUACGCGAGCACAAAGGACGCAUCCACAUUGAGCAAACAUCGCCAGAACAAUUGAAAAUCGUUUUCGCCCACAUCGCACUGGCGGACAAGGGCAAUUGGAGCUGCGAAGCUGCUGAGGGUGGUCUGCAUAGUAAAUCCUUCGAUUUGAUUGUAUAUCAGAAAAUUACAUUCACGGAGAACGCCAGCGUGAUAACCGUAAAAGAGGGCGACAAAGACAAGACCAUAUUGUGCGAGGUGAAGGGCGAACCGCAGCCAAAUAUCACCUGGCAUUUCAAUGGACAACCCAUUAGUGCGGACACGGCAGAUGGCUCCAAGUACCGCAUCCUGGCCGAUGGUUUGCUCAUCAACAAGGUAACACAGAGUGACACCGGCGAGUACACGUGCCGGGCAUACCAAGUGAAUUCGAUUGCUUCCGAUAUGCAGGAGCGCACAGUUUUGAUGAAAAUCGAACACAAACCAUUUUGGACGCACAAACAGUUCGUGAGCAUGCAGUUUGCGUACAUCAACGGGACAGCGUCCAUCAUGUGCGAGGCCCAGGCGGAGCCGCCGGCCACCUUUACGUGGCACCGGAAGCAGAAGCGGCUGCACAGCAACGAGCGGCUCUACACCAUCGAGGGAGACCACUACUGGUCCCGGCUGACCGUCCAUGUGCUGAACGCCAGUGUAUUUGACAACUAUCGCUGCCGGGCCACCAAUCACCUGGGCAGCAUUGAGCGGACCAAACGUCUGGAGCAGGGCGACAAGCCCCCAUCGCCAAUCACAUUCCAGCUACGCGGCUUCAACUCGAACACCUUCGAUGUGGAUGUUAGUGCCCCGCGGGGACCCGAGGACCGCGGACCCAUGGAGGUGAACGGCUUCCGGAUCGAGUACAUGUCCGAGUCGGAGUUCAAGUCGGAUGCGGGCAAGUGGACCAAUGCCAGGCGCAAGGACUUCCCCUUCGAAGAGGGUGCCACUUUCCUCCUUACCAACCUGGAACCCGACACCAACUACCUGAUGAGGGCCGCCUCCCGUAAUCUUGCCGGCUUCAGUGACUUUACCAAAGUGGAGAAGUACAAGACGCUGUCACUGGAGCCGCGCGUGUCUUCGGCGCUGCCCCAAUCCACACCUCUAUGCUUCGCUUUGAUGGCUAUGAUGUGUCUGACACUACGGCUGGGAUAUUGAAUCUGUAUCUGCAGGCGGAUGACGGAUAAUGGAUGAGAGAUGACGGAUGACGGUUGAUGGAUGACGGAUAACGUUGGACGGGUGAUGCACCUAGCGGAACCGUGGCGAGCCCUUUGCCCCCCAUGUGCUUUGUUUAGCUUUAAGGCGUGUCCGUGUGGGCACAUUUCUGUCUGAUUUGCUUGGCCUAAGUUCUUGGUUUAUCCGACUGUUGAUACAACCCAAAAACCAAUGUUUUAGUUAAGUUUAGUACGAGUCUCUCAUUAGCUUUGAACUUGCUUAAGGAUUAUAACUAUAGUUGAAAAGGAAAAAUAUUUAUGCAGAACAUAUAGAAAUAUUUAUAUUUAAAAAAAGUCCUCAUAGUGCUUAAAUGGAAUACCAAAGUUCAACUUUAGAUUUGCGAUGCAGGGAACCAGAAGCUUCUCACAAAUCUACCAACUGAACCCUCUAUCUUCCCGGCUGCCCAACAUUUUUGGGUAUGCAAAUCUGGAAAUAAAUCUUAGCUGAAUAUUAAUCCAAAAAACCAAAAACUUUUCUUCCUUGAGCUUGAGCGUUGGCGCCUAAACUAGAUUUUGUUGCCAAAUCUUGAGGAUAUAAACAAAAAAGUUGCCAAAUCGCAAAGAUAUAUACCAAAAGUUGCCAAAAAAAAAAAAACAUAAUAUAUUCUACAUAAGCCUUUAAGAGAAGAGAUUCCAACUGAUACAAACAUUCCACUGAACAUUUUUCUAUGUAUGUAAGAACACUAGACUCAUAAACUAUACAAUAAAACAAAUAUAAAUUUAAUCUUCCUCUAAAGAUAUUUAAAAGUCUCAUCACUGCAAACUCUCUCCCAAAAGAUACACCGUGAGCGCAUCAAACAAUAAAUACCAACAACACAGAGCUUAAAAAAGCAUUUGAAUAUUUAUAUUACAUAUACCGGAGCAAAACCAACAUUUCCAAGAAAAACAUAAAUUUAAAUCGUAAAAUAUGUGUGCCACAAUGAAAAGGGAUGCCAAAUAUCGUAUACCACAUUUUGUGGCUAAAAUAUUUCAGCCUUAAUGAAUAAAAACUCUUCAAACUCAUGGAAGAGAAAUGUAACCUAGCCAAAGAUUAAAUGUUUUGUGGUUAUCGUGUAACAAUUGUGUGUGUGAGCCAAAAUAAAAAUUAUUAUGAAUACCGAAAAUAAA